GGUGCAAAAGGUUGGCCAUCAUUUAGUAUUACAAGGGAACAACUUAGAAUACGCGUUUACCAUCACUGAAAUAUCAAGGUUGUUGUCUGCGAGGAGGAUGACGCACUAUGUCCUUUCUGUUAAAGAAACGUACAGCACUGUAUCUGAUGAAGAAUUGAACUCCCUGUUGACCUGAAUAUUUUUCAGAAUUUCCUGAUUCUGGUUACAAGAAGGUGGAUGGCUUUUUGAAGUGUUGGUGUAAGAGUACAACAACACAGAAUCAAAGAGACCACAAGGAAUGUCGAUCCCUUAGGACACUCUUUUGACGACUUAGCAUGAAUGUUGUCCAACGAAGAGGUUACAGAGUCCCUUCAAUUUGAUAUAUAGAUGGGAAUCUAUUCAAGAAUGGAAUAUGCAUUAGCAUUCCUGCAUCGAAGGGAGAGAAGAAGGAGAUACCAAAAUAGAGUUUUCCGAACCCGUGUCUCAUUUUUAAACCCAUCAGACAGUGAAUGCAUAAGUCACCUCCAACUAAGCAAGCAAAUUAUAGCUGAUAUCUGCCAGUUACUACAGGCAGAUCUGGAAAGAGAUACUGGAAGAUAUAACACAUUGCCUGUUGCAUUAAAGGUCACAGCUGCACUAGCUUUUUUUGCCACUGGUUCCUUUCAGAGGACUGUAGGUGCUAUUGCAGGUAUUAGCCAGUCGGCUGUAAACGGUGCAGUACAUGAAGUUACUGCAGCUUUAGUGAAGCGUGCAGGGCAAUUUAUUCGUUUUCCCAUGUCUCACGAGCUGCAAGAGCAAACUAGGCAGGAGUUUUUUUUAAAGUUUGGGUUUCCUAGAGUCCUUGGUGCCAUCGAUUGCACACAUGUGCAGCUACAAGCACCGAUGCAGAAUAGCCACAUUUACAUAAAUCGUAAAGGUGUCUAUUCUGUGAACGUGCAAGUAGUCUGUGAUGCAAACAACAUCAUCACACAUGUGUUUGCUAAUUAUCCCGGUUCCGCUCAUGAUUCGUUUAUCCUUGCUAAUUCACAGAUGCCAGGGGUGUUUGAGCAGGAUGACAGUCUGAGCGGUUGGCUGAUAGGGGACAAUGGUUACCCAUUGAAACGGUGGCUUAUGACACCUUUUUGCAACCCAAGUACUCCUGCUGAACACAGGUAUAACCGAGCCAUCACCUCUACUCGAUCUGUCAUUGAGAGUACAUUUGGAAUGUUAAAAAUGCGUUUCAGAUGUUUGGAUCGUUCAGAUCUUACACUACAAUACAGUCCUCAGAACGUCAGCAAGUUUUUUGUGGCAUGUUGUGUUUUGCACAAUAUUGCCAUACGCAAUGGAUGUCGUAUUGACCUUCCAGAGGACACGUUACAAGCUUUUAGGGAAUAUGAGGCAGGUCUUCAUGUUCCCAUUGGAGAAGCUCCAGUUGCCGCUACCGCAAGACAGAUCAGGGAGCACCUUGUACAGAAGUUUUUUAGCCAAUAGCUCAGCUCACCGCUACCACCCCUGCGCUGACUCGGGAGGGUGAUGAUGAACACACUCGAAGAUGAACACACGCUGUCCUCCGAAGCGUGUGCCGUCAGCCGCCCGCUUCUUUACACUCUGCAGACUCACCAUGCAGCCGCCUCAGAACUACAGCGUCGGAGGACAAUGCAGCUCUGGGCAGCUUACAGGCAAGCCCGCAGGCGCCCGGCCAGACUACAGGGAUCGCUGGUGCACGGUGAGCCGAGGACACCCUGGCCGACCUAACCCUCCCUCCCCCCGGACGAUGCUCGGCCAAUUGAGCGCCGCCCCCUGGGAGCUCCCGUCCACGGUCGGCUGUGGAAUAGCCUGGACUCGAACCGGCGACGUCCAGGCUAUAGAGCGCAUCCUGCACUCUAGCGAGUGCUUUUACUGGUUGCGCUACUCGGGAGCCCACAUAUACUAUUUUUUUGUCGGCUAACCAUGUAUUUUAAUUUUAAAACAACUUGUUUUUGUGGAAAAAGGACACAUCUUUGUAAAUGCCUGAGUUCACUCUAAAACCAGGCACGCUAGAAGACCUUGCCACUCACGGCAGCGAAAUACUCACUUAAAAUAAAAAAUGCCAUAAUCCACUCACUGAUAACAAACUAUACCUGACCCGACACUUCUUGUCGGGUCCCAUUGGGCUCGGGUCGGGUAGCAAGGCUCUAGUCCCUACUAUGAGCAACACUAAUUUUUCCUUGCAUAAGACAAAAAAAAAAAAAAGGCGCUGGAUGUUAGUUGACUUUUUUUUUUUUUUAUUAAACUGAAAUGUUUACCUAACACGAAAAAUAAAUUACACACUCAUUUCUAUUACACAUAUAAUAUUACAGUUACUAGGAAACCUGUCCACAAUAAAAAAAACACCACCCAAUACAACAUUAUCCAAUCAUUGGUUAGCCCUGUUGUCUUUGCAGCCAAUCAUAGUAAGAAUAAGAAAUUGGAAGUGAGGUAGAGUGCAGCGUACACACUCCCCUACUCAAAUCCAGCUGGCUGUGAAACACCCCCCCACACAAAACCCAACUUUUUUCCUCUUUUGCAUUAAGUUCUAUAAGGAAUAAAUGUCAGCAUGGUAAACAAGUAAGUACUUAUUUCUCUUUACUACUUUAAACCAUGUUCUAAGUUUAAGCACUGUAGAAAUACAUUUCUAAAACUGCAUUCUUGAAAAAUACGUAAUUUAAUUGUUUACUGAAAACAAAGACUAAUGAAAAAUAAUAAUCAUGUAAGUUAUAUAUUUUGAGCUUCUUAAUUCAUAUCAAAAAGUUACUGUGUGAUUAAGUAUUCUGUGUUUUGCUUCUAAUCUCCACUCAUUCCUAGCACACGCCAUCACUGUUUGCAAGCAACGUCAAUGAAUUCACCUGGCAAAUUCAGUCAAAUUGAUCAGAAUGAUAGGACAGAAGGCCUGAGUGAUAGCAAAAUAAAAAAUAAAAAAAACACAACAGAAUAACUUAAUACCACUUAAUUUACCAAAAUGAGAAUGAUUUAUUAUGGAUGCUGGAAAAACACAUUAACAAUACGCUGUGCAGCGACAACCUAGAAAUCUGUCUUGUGUGAGCUUCAUGUUUUUGUUCCAUUAUGAACCUACACAAAAGGGGAAUACCAGGGGCAGCCGGGUAACAGUGUUCGCUUGCUCACUGAACCCCCAGUCUUUUAUUAAUGAAUUGCGCUUCCCUUCUUCUGGGUGAUGUGGUUUUCAUUUCUCCCUCUCACGUGACACUGGCACAUCAACAAUGCCGUUCAUCCCAUGUGUAAUGGGUUAAAGCCAGGCUGUGCUAGCUCAGAAAUGCGAGCACCCAAAUCCGCCGUGCACAUGUGCAGUAGCAGCCAGCCGUCAGCCAGGACUGGCUAUGAUUGGCUUAAAAAUGUAUGGAUGGAGUGCAGCUGGUUAGAGAACACAGUGAUCAGGCGAUCAGCGCACAUGUGCCAAGACAACAAAGGCUAUAAAUAUGAGCUGCAUGACUUCGGCUCUUCUCAGUCUUGCAUAGUGUGUUACUUUGUGGAAAGACAGAAAACAUUUAAGCUGUUUAAAUAUUAAAAUAAAAUUCACAAGUUAAUUAUCUUUGUCUAAGUUUAAAUUAAUGUUAUUUGUCUUAUUUGUUCAACUUUGUUCUUUUCACAGUUUUAAUCUGCUUUUAUUUUGCCUGGUGUGUCGCUUUUUCUCUCGAGGCUGCUGCCCUUCAGCAGUGCCUUAAUUUAAGCUCAGUAAUAUCUUGCUGUGGUCGGUCAUUUUUCCUUUUUUACUGUUGGUAAGUCAAUAAAAGUAUCUGUGUAGUUUUAAUGUAUAGGUUUUGACGCUAAGUGUAUAAAAAACAACUCUGAAGUUGACACCUCUAUGAAAAGUCCAGCUCACGCAAAGCUGCAGCUAAUUUAUGCGUGACGUCACACCAGGACAAGCUCGCCAUCCCGCCCGCUGCUUUCCUGCAUUACUGCUUACCAAAACACAACACACCCAGGGGAGAGAUACCAUGGUAAAUAGGUGUGUAAUAUAUGGUUGCUCCAACACAGCAGGGCCAUUGGUAUCUCUCCAUGAGUUUCCUAAAGAGACGGUACGGUGUAAAUUCGUGAGGAGGACCAGGGAUUGGGAUGCUAAGCCCAACAGCAGCUGCAUCUGCAGCACCCACUUUACCAGAGACAGCUUUAUUAAUUUAAUUAUGUUUAAUGAUGUGGGUGCUGUUAAAGUUAAAUUAAAUAAGGAUGCAGUACCAUCCAUUUAUCCGGAUGGUACCUGCAGGACAGCAGUAUCAUCAUCUUCUAGUAAAAAAAGUAAAAUCACUGGGACUCAAGCGGCUGCCAGGAAAAAAUGAGGUGCAAAUAAGUUAUUUCAUUAUAAUUCUCUCUUACUGUUUGAAAAUAUGUAUAAAGUGACCCGCUUAUAUAGCCAACAACAUCCCAUGUACAUUAUUAAUAAAUAAUGUGAUAAAAUGAUCAUGUUGUCACGUUCUCGUAUGCAUUCCUGUGAAGUCUCUCGAUUUCGUCGGGACAUUCCCGUCUAAGAUCUUCCGCCGGAUUAUUUAGAUCACUAAUCUUAACAAACUUCAACUUUAUUUAUUUAUUAUUAUUUUCCCCAUCCGACCUGUGAAAAUGUCUGAGGCUACUUUAUGGUGUUCACGUAGGCUAUAUCAGAUUCUAAUAGUCUACAAGUUAAGAAUAAAGUAUUAUUUACUGUAUAUGUAAGAAUUAUUAUAUUUGUUCGGAGAAAGUUGUGCAGUAAGUCCGAAAAAGGAGACCUCUGGCUGUCGUGUUUCCAUAAGUUGACAGGUAUUACUGUACUUAUUAUGCAUGUUACAUUGCAGCUGAUCUGUUGCCAUGUGGCAUAGUUGAAACAUACAAUUGAUAAUUUAACCUCUUGUUUGAUUAAUAUCUAAAUUCCAGUAAUGCGCUACAGCAGGGAUGCAUAGAUGCAACAAUCGAGCGAUAUUCAGCCUGUUUUCUAUGCUGGAUGCAGUGGUGUUGUAAACCCAGUCACUUGUGGUGUCCCCCAAGCAUCAGUUCUUGGGCCCCUUCUCUUCAAUAUCUACAUGCUUCCCUUGGGUCAUCACAUCCGCCACACAGCCUCAUGUUUCACUCCUAUGCUGACAACACCCAGCUCUACUUAAAACUCGACCCUGGUAGCCCCUCUACCAUGGUCCGGCUCUCGGCUUGCAUUCAAGACAUCGAGGCCUGGAUGUCAGCCAAUUUUCUUCAGCUGAACACUAGCAAAUCUAAACUCCUUCUAGUAGGAUCUAAAACUCAACUUAAUCUAAUAUAGCUGCCCUGAACCUCGGAAACUGUCUGCUGCUGCCUUCCUCCACAGUACCAAGCCUUGGUGUACUUCUUGACAGCAACCUCUCCUUUGAUGCCCACAUCUCCUCAGUGGUCAAAUCUUCCUUCUACCAUCUUCGAAACAUCUCCAAAGUCCGUCCCUACCUCUCCCAGAUGCGGAGAUACUUUGUCAUGCAUUUGUCUCCUCUCGACUCGACUACUGCAACUCUCUAUAUGGUGGUCUCCCGGCACACACCAUAAACUGACUGCAGCUCGUCCAGAAUGUCGCUGCCAGGAUCCUUACCAGAUGUAAAAAACGUGAUCACAUCACCCACCGUCUUGCCCAGCUGCACUGGUUACCUGUAAAGUUCAGAAUUAUUUUUAAAACUCUCCUGCUCAACUACAAUGCCCUUCAUUACACAGGUCCAGAGUACCUCCUCAACCUUGGCUCCACUGAUAGACUUUGGGCAGGAGAACUCUGGGCUGGCCUGACAUCAUUGUCCUGUUGUUGAUCUGUCAUCUCAUCCACCCUUUGUUCUUCCCUUCUAGGGCUGGUGUGACGGAGGUGUGUUGGGUCUUCCUCUGCAUUCUGUUGAAUGGGAUCUAGAAAUGAAACGGCAAACAAAGCAAAGAACCAACUUUUUUGCUGUUUUUUUUUUUUUGGUUUGUUUUUUGUUUACUAUAUAACUUAAUUGCAGCACCAAUAAAAUGUACAUUGGGCUCUAUUCAUUAUUAA